GGCAGGGCGCCGAUGGAACCGCCGCGAUGUUCGCUCCCCGGCUGCUGGAUUUCCAGAAAACCAAAUACGCCAGGUUCAUGAACCACCGAGUCCCACCCCACAAGAGGUACCAACCCACAGAAUAUGAGCAUGCAGCCAAUUGUGCCACCCAUGCUUUCUGGAUUAUUCCCAGCAUCCUGGGCAGCUCCAACCUCUACUUCCUGUCAGAUGAUGACUGGGAGACCAUUUCUGCCUGGAUCUAUGGCCUUGGCCUUUGUGGCCUCUUCGUGGUGUCCACGAUAUUCCACACCGUCUCCUGGAAGAAGAGUCACCUCAGGAUGGUGGAGCACUGCCUGCACAUGACGGACCGCAUGGUCAUCUACUUCUUCAUUGCUGCCUCCUAUGCGCCCUGGCUGAACCUUCGAGAGCUGGGCCCCUGGGCCUCCCACAUGCGCUGGCUCGUCUGGAUUAUGGCCUCUGUUGGUACUGUCUAUGUGUUCUUCUUCCAUGAGCGGUACAAACUUGUGGAGCUGCUCUGCUACGUGGUCAUGGGAUUUUUCCCUGCCCUGGUCAUUCUCUCCAUGCCCAACACGGAGGGCCUCUGGGAGCUGGUAACCGGAGGGGUCUUCUACUGCUUGGGCAUGGUGUUCUUCAAGAGCGACGGAAGGAUCCCCUUUGCCCACGCCAUCUGGCAUCUCUUUGUGGCAUUCGGUGCUGGCACCCACUACUAUGCCAUCUGGAGGUACCUCUACCUGCCCAGCACCCUGCAGACCAAGGUGUCCAAAUGAAGCAGCCCACACUCCAUGGAGCAGCGCAUCAUGGCGGUUAGCUUCGAAUGCUAGCCUAGAGUAUAGUGUUGACACCUGUCCUCCCUUCCCUGGGUAGAGUUCUUGAGGGGUCUGAGGUCCCUUCUGGUGACAGCCAGAUCACCCCAGGAGUCCCCAUGGGGAAAGCCAGCAUUUAGUCAUUUCUGUUGGGGAGACGUUAACCUUGUAGUGUUUCUACUUUAGACAAGUGUUUCAUAAUCCAACCAAUCUUAACAUCUCCAGAAAAGGGCACAUUGAGAAUGAUGGGCCAAGGGGUCCUGAGAAAUCUGGCAAGGGAUCUGGUACACUGUGUACAGCUGGAUCCUAGAGCUUCUGUCUCUACGGCCAAAAGUCC